CAGUGACAUCUAUUAGUGACUUAAACCACAGAGUUGCAAGGAACCAGUGGAUUUCUUCAAGGUCUGUCACACUGAUGGAUUCUCGCAAACUCGUCCCAUCAGGUUCUGAACAUGAUGAAGAGCGAAAACAAAUCAGAUCUAGGUUAAGAAAAAGCCUAAGAAACGACCGUGAGCAGUGGUGGGCAUCGAAAGCAAAAGAGAUGGAAAAGGCGGCGACUAUAGGGAACACAAGACAGCUUUACAGACUAAUAAAAGAAACUGGAAUUAAUAAGUCAAGUGUAAGUGAGAUUAUAUCGGAAAAAGACGAUACACUCAUCUGCUCCAAGUCCAGGCGUUUAGAACGAUGGGCGGAACACUUUAGGGAACAGUUCAGCUGGCCUUCAGCUACUCUACAACUACCCUCCAUUCCCAGACAGUGUGAAUGGAACAUUGAAGUAGGUCCCCCGACUCUUGCUGAAGUUCAAAAGGCUAUAGUUAAUCUGAAACGAGGAAGGGCAGCUGGUCCAGAUGGAUUGGCUCCAGAGGUCUUUAAGGAUGGUGGUCCAAUUUUAGCGAUUAAGUUGACUAAUAUUUUAGCUAAGAUCUGGGAAUUAGACUUUAUCCCAUCUGACUGGUCGCAAUCAAUUAUCGUCCCAAUAUAUAAGAAAGGGUCAAAAUCAUCCUGUGACAACCACAGAGGGAUUAGUUUAACAAACAUAGUAUCUAAAAUACUAGCCUCGAUAAUUAUCAAACGCCUAACUAAGACUCGUGAACUACAAACUCGAGAGAACCAAGCUGGCUUUAGACCUGGUCGUGGCUGCAUCGACCACAUAUUCACCAUUCGUCAGGUUCUAGAACACAGGCAUACCUAUCGGCGUCCGACGAUGGUGGUCUUUCUUGACUUAAAAGCAGCAUUUGAUUCUGUAGACCGCGAGACUCUGUGGCAGUGUCUGUCAUUGAAAGGCGUACCUCAGAAGUACAUAAACCUUGUGAAGGCUCUUUACUCGAACACUACUAGUCGAGUCAGAGCUUAUGGCGAACUGUCAUCUACUUUUGCAACCUCAAGUGGUGUCCGUCAAGGCUGUCCACUUUCUCCAUUUCUGUUUAACUUCAUCAUAGACCUAUUGAUGGAAAUAACACUCUCGUCGACUGAAUUCUCGGGUAUUGAUCUCCUUCCAGGAGGUUCACUUAUCGACUUAGAAUACGCAGAUGACAUAGUCCUGUUUGGUGAAGACGCUGACAAAAUGCAGAGUCUUCUGGUAGCACUAAGCAACAAUGCCAGAAUGUUUGGGAUGCGCUUCUCUCCCUCUAAAUGCAAGUUGUUGCUUCAGGACUGGUCUCCGUCAACACCUGAACUAAGGAUAGGGAGUGAAGUAGUCGAACGCGUUGACAACUUCACUUAUCUUGGAAGUCUGAUCAGCCCUAAUGGGUUGGUGUCUGACGAAAUCUCAGCACGGAUUCGAAAAGCUCGUUUGGCUUUUGCCAAUUUACGUCACCUUUGGCGAAGGCGAGAUAUCCGUCUAUCAAUAAAAGGACGAGUAUACUGCGCGGCAGUCCGUUCUGUCUUACUUUACGGCAGCGAAACAUGGCCCUUAAGAGUAGAAGACACCCGUAAGCUACUAGCAUUUGACCACAGAUGCCUUAGAAAUAUUGCUGGUAUCUGCUGGGAUCACCGGGUAAGUAAUAGUGAGGUUAGACGCAGGGUAUUAGGUAAUGAUGGUAAAUCAGUUGAUGAGGUUAUGAACCUUCAUCGACUGAGAUGGUUGGGCCACGUAUUACGUAUGCCUGAACACCGAUUACCACGACGUGCAAUGCUAACCGGGGUAGGGGAUGGUUGGAAGAAAGUUAGGGGCGGCCAAACCAAAACGUGGCAUCAGUGCUUGAAGUCACUAACUUCUAGUCUGAGCCAUAUUGAUAGAUGCAGACUACUUGGUUGUGGUCCGCGUGACUAUCGUAACCAAUGGUUAGAGAAUCUUGGUGACAUGGCUGAGAAUCGAUCACAUUGUCGUGGGUGUAUACACUCUCUGUCAUCCCUUAAACUAAGAGAUUAAAAUCGUUUCAUAUCUUUCUUUCUACGAACUAAUUCUUUCUUCCUGUACUAUAUCCUUAUUGCAAUCUUUCUUUUAUAUAUUACCACCACUGAAUUAACUACUUUUAUGAAUCCGGUGUACAUCUUUUUGUGUUACUGAGGUAUGGCAACUUGGGCUGAUGCAUAUAUGUGCCUAGUCCUACGUUGUAACUGACUGACUAGAAUCGUAAAUAACUUAAAAAAGUAAUUGUGGCUGAUUAACUCUGUUGUAUAUGAGCAUGUCAAUCUACUUAAAACGGUUCUAUCAUCCAAGGCAUUUUUACUAAUAAAUUUAAUUCUUCUAUAUAUCAUUUCUUCAAGUUCUCCUCUACAUAUUUAUGUUAUUUGUUGUGUUAUCUUGUUUGAUGUUGAUUAUGCCUUGAAUGUUGUGUGUUGUUGCAGAAUGUUAGGGUUAAAUUUAUUGUGUGUCAUUUACUUACGGAAUUCGUGAGCUUCACAUUAAUCGGUCAUAAACUUUACAUUACAAGUUUACAUUGAUGAUGAUCUUUUCACUGUAUAAUUAUUGUGACAGUAGGUAAAAUAUAGGCUUGAAUCAAUAUGUUUACAAUAUUUAUGAACACACUUGUGUGUUGAACUAUUUGGGAGAGUCCACAUCGCCAGCUGAUUUUAGUUAAAAAACCAUUCAAAAUACGAAGCAGUGAACAACUGCUUUUUUUAUAUGGAAAUUCUAAUCAGUGCAAAAUAAUGCUCCCUGGUUUUAAGUGGUUAUUUAACUAAAUUCUGUCCGUGAUAUGUACUACAGAUUGAUGAGUUCCCAUAAACCUCUUAUGAUACUAGUAUGCAGAAAUGUUUAAACUUAUGACCUAUGCUAGCCAUAUAUGUAACCCAACUAUGCUGUCUGUUCCAUUAUAUAACUACUAAAGAUUGGUGACGCUGAAAGUCAGUGAUCAUUAUCUUUGAAGCAUCAUUUACCUAAGCAGGGAGGACAAGAUUUAGAUCCUUAGCUAAAAGUAAAACAAUAAGGACAACUAAUUUACUAAAAUGGACAAUGUGCUUAAGAUGUAAUGCUGUAUGUUAGUUAUUUCCCAAUACGAUUCUCACAUCAUUAGUUAAAAUAAAAUUGACAUAUUCAACAAUUGUUUUCCUUUCGUCUGUUACAAACUUGAAUUGCCUGCACAUUAGUUGAUGUUUUAUAUACAGGGAGUUUACGACCCUGACAUGAUAGUUUACUUAGUACAAGCUUGAGAUUUGUAGAGUAUGAGUCCGAUUUGUGACUGGAUGGACUUGGGGGUGGAUAGAAGAAACUAACCAACUAUUGACCUAUGAGCAAACUGGUUGGUGAGGAGAGAGCAGAUCUGUCUGGAACUGUAUAACCAAUAUAGUCCUGAUCCAACUAACUCAGAAAAGUUAUCUGAAUAAACAUAUUACUAAUAGGAUCAUAGUACACAGGGAAUAAGAAUAAAAUGAUCGUAUCCAAAUUGGGACAUUAGAGUAGAAAAAUAGAAUACAAGGGUCACAUUUAAAUUACAGUGAUUUUGGAAUAGAAAGGAAUAUGAUAGAAAUUUGCGCAUUAAACAAAAGCUUAGUAUUCAUAGAAUAAGAGGCAAAAUUAAAUGUUAGUACUUUACGAAUUUCGAGUUAAACUAAACAGUGUCCCCUAAAAUAGCUUUCGUUUUUUGUCAUUGCUUCGUUAGUUCUCUUUUCAUAUAAUCUAUCAGGUAGAUCGCACAAAUCUCACUUGGUUUUUUUCUUUCUUGUGUGACAGAUACGUGACACAUCUAAAUUAUU